ACGAUAAGUACGAAUUUUGAUUUGUUUGCUUCUUAAGAAUCACCAGAGCCCCACUGCCAGUGCCAAAGAAGAAGACACAAGGAGGACAGAAGACCGAAAGAAGAAGACGAACAAGAAGAAGAAAGAUGACAUUUUUGCCAGUACUUCGCACUGCUUUCUCCAGGAGAAUCCUCUCGAGGGUCCACUACUCUUCUUGUCUUGCUUCAUAUAAUUCCUUGGUGGGUAACAAUCAAAAUACUAGGUGGACUGGAUUUCACUCUGACACCAGCUCACAUGGUGGUGGAUCCAUGAGAGGAGCUGUCUUUUGGGAACCAAACAAGCCUCUCACCAUUGAAGAAUUCCACAUCCCUCGUCCCAAAGCCGGUGAAAUACUCAUCAAAACAAAGGCCUGUGGAGUCUGCCACUCUGAUCUCCACGUUAUAAAAGGCGAAAUUCCAUUUCCCAGCCCUUCUGUUAUCGGGCAUGAGAUAAGUGGUGAGGUUGUUGAACACGGACCACUUACAGAUGCCAAAAUCAUUGCGAGAUUUCCAAUUGGUUCUCAUGUCAUUGGAGCUUUCAUCAUGCCUUGUGGUAACUGUUCAUACUGUUCAAAGGGCGAAGAUGAUUUAUGUGAAGAUUUUUUUGCUUAUAACCGCGCAAAAGGGACUCUUUAUGAUGGUGAAACUCGGCUGUUCCUCCGCAACAAUGGAAAACCUGUAUAUAUGUAUAGUAUGGGGGGGCUUGCUGAGUACUGUGUUGUGCCAGCACAUGCACUGACUAAUUUACCAGAUUCGUUGCCAUACACAGAGUCUGCUAUUUUAGGAUGUGCAGUAUUUACUGCUUAUGGUGCUAUGGCUCAUGCUGCUGAGGUGCGUGCUGGGGAUUCUGUUGCUGUGAUUGGCGUCGGGGGCGUUGGCUCAAGUUGUUUGCAGAUAGCAAGAGCAUUUGGUGCCUCUGAUGUAAUUGCUGUGGAUGUUCAAGAUGAAAAACUGCAAAAAGCUAAGAUUUUUGGUGCUACUCAUGCUGUAAAUGCAAGCAAGGAAGAUGCUGUUGAAAAGAUAAGAGAAAUAACUGGAGGGAAAGGUGUGGAUAUUGCUGUGGAAGCCCUAGGGAAACCACAGACAUUUGUGCAAUGUACACAAAGUGUGAGAGAUGGAGGAAAAGCUGUAAUGAUUGGACUUGCACAAGCUGGUGCCGUUGGGGAAGUGGACAUAAACCGUCUUGUUCGUAGAAAGGUAAAAGUGAUUGGAUCAUAUGGAGGAAGGGCAAGGCAGGAUCUUCCCAAGCUGGUUAGAUUGGCAGAAACAGGCAUUUUCAAUCUAAGCAAUGCUGUUUCUAGAAGAUAUAAAUUUGAGGAGGCAGACAAGGCUUUCCAGGAUCUCAACCAAGGGAAAAUCAUUAGUCGUGCAGUAGUGGAGAUAAUGUAAUAUCGUUCUCUCCAAGCAUCAAAUUCUCAAUGCUAAAGCUUCCCCUUCAGUAUCAAGGCACGUAUGUGCAAUCUGAAGUGGCAUAAAUAAUGCUAAGAAAUGUUUCUACAGAAUGCUUUGCUACAAUGGUAGCCUUGUUGUCUUCUGUUUGGUUCAAUGCAAUAAAUUUGAACGUUAAUUGUAAAACUUGGUAUGGAAGUGGUUAAAGCCCUGUGUAAAUGGAUUUGUAAUCCAAAGGUAUGUUUUCCCAUGAAUAACAUAUUCUAGUUUUUACUGGUCA